GACCCGCCAAGGAAAACACUCCGCGGUGUAAACUCACGCACACUACAACAGCAGACGGUCCACACAGCCGACCCAAGCGUUUGUUCUUUUCUUUCAGCCAAACUUUUUUCCUCUUUUCAACACACAACGCUGACGCACACAAACAUAGAGGUACACGCUGCUUUAGAACACUUGAAGUGAAGCUCAACAACAACAAAAUAAAAAGAAACAAACAUCCAACGAAGAAUGGAGACACACACAGUUGGGGACACAGAAACGGGUGCCGAGGAGCUGCCACUGACACUGCUGUGGGGAACGUGGGAGAUGUGGUGCGACAUCCCACAGCGCCAGCCCGCGUACCCCGCAGAAAAAGCAAACUGGCUAGAUCAAGUAAAGAGCAUCGGACUCUUUGACAGCGCCGAGGGCUUUUGGGGCAUCUUCAACUGCACCAUCAAUCCCUCGCAGCUUCCCCCAAACGGAUCCUUCUACCUGUUCCGCAAGCAUAUCGCUCCCAUGUGGGAACAUGAGGCGAACCGGCGAGGCGGCAAGUGGGUCAUUCCCUUCUUCGCAAGGGCCGCGAAGGCGGAGGAGGGGAUGCAGCCUGUAGAUGUAGCAUGGCAGACGCUGUGCCUCUGCGCCAUUGGUGAGCUGUUUCCUGGUGAGGAAGAGGAGAUUUGUGGUGUCACGGUGAGCCGGGGAAAGCAGCGUGCCUCUCCCUCCGCGCACGGGUCUGCUGGCGUCAGUGAGUGGAAACUUUGUUUGUGGACCCGCAGCGCCGACGACGCAGCGGCUCAGAUGCGCAUUGCCAAAUUCGUCCGCCAGCAACUGAACCCGACGGCUAACGCCGAGGACUCGGCGGCUGACGGCGAAACGAGCCGAGUGAGCAACGGUGAGGGAGAGGCCGCGGAGCGCAAGCGACGCUCCUCUGCGCCAAAGUCGAGAGAAGUGACUGCGUUGCCUUCUACUAUAACGUAUGUCGCGCAUCGAGAAUUGAUGGAGGUGAAGCAAGAGUUUGUGAAGGGCGGGAAUAGCCCCGCGCAACCGUUUAGACCGAAGUACUCAAUUUCAAUGGAGCUGUGA